AUGGCCGCGACCGCGUCCGAUUGCAUUGGGCUGUACCCGGUGUCCGAGGGCGUGUCUAUGGAGACGGAGGCCGCUGGGAGCCCAGGGCCAUCGCAUCUCUCGUUGGCCGAGGAGUGGGUCGCCAGCUACAGCCCCCCCCCGCUGGUGGGCUGCAGGGGCGUCGCGUACCCGGGGGGCACCACGGUGCUGUUCGGAGACUUUGCGCAGCAGCUCGCGCCAGUGGCCCGCGCCAACGUGGCACAGCGCGUGAGGACCAUUGCGGCCGUCGAGAGCGGCGAUUCGAUGAGGCUCGCGUUCGAGACCUACCAGGCAUUCGACAGCGAGCGUUCCGGCUGUCUGGGUUGGGGCCGUGGCGUGAUCCGCGAUUUCGUGUUCGCGGUGUUCCAGCAGUGCGGCCUCAGCGCCCCUAGCGAGGGCGCCAUAUACCCCGUGUACGCGCUCUUCGACCAGAGCAGACAGAUGGUCCUGCCGGCGUGCGACUGCCUCUGCCUGGCUGAUGCUUUGUUGCGAUCCAGCCUCGCGUUGGAGGUGGCGCUGCCAGCGGGGUCAGCCUCGCCGCGCGAGGAGGGAGCCGCCACGGGCAGUGAUUCCCAGGCCGCGGCGGCCGCGAGGGCUGCAGACCUUGUCGCAAGCCAGCCCGAUGCACGAGGGGCUGGUGGCCUCGGAGGAGAUGAGACGCGACCUUCUGUGGUGGCGGGGGCCGGCGGUGCCGUGCCAGGGCCUGCCGGAGCGAGACGGAGCGCUGCGGCCACCGAAGGCGCCCCCACAGCUGGGCCCCGGGACCCGUCCGCCGCCCCCGCGCCGGAGGGCAACGUGUACGCGGACCGUGGCCCGAGGGAGCGCCCCAGCGCGCACCCCACCGAGCUUGCCGAGCAGUGGGUGGCCAGCUACCAGGCCCUGCCCGUGGAGGGCACGGCCAGCGUGGCCUACUCGACGGGGGUGGUGGUGUCGUUCGCGGAGCUCUCGGGCCCGUUCGCGCUCCUGGCAGAGGCGAACGCCGGCCGCGCCAGGCACAUGGUCGAGGCGAUCGAGAGCGGCGAGUUCAUGCGGACGGCCCUGUCGAUCUACAAGGGGCUCGACCAGAGCGGUUAUCUGUCUUGGGCCGGCGGCGGUAUCCUCAGGUUCGCUAUCGAGGUGUUCCGGCACUAUUCUCUGCGCCCGCCCAGCGCCGAGGAGGUCCUUCCCUUGCAUGCCAAGUUCGACCAGGGGCGCGGGGCCAUGAACACGGGGGAGUGCCUCUGCCUGCUGGACGCUCUCGCUCGCGCCGUCUUCCACCAGCCCGCUGGCUCGGCCGAGGCGCGGGUGUGCGCGGAGUCGCCGCGGUGGCACGGGCGCGACCCCGCCACUGGCAUGGAGGCCAUGCUCAGGGCCGGAGACGACAUCGACGCCAUGGUGCGAGAGCACGCGCGGCUGCUGGAGCACGCCGAGGGCAUGGCGUGGCAGGCGGACCGCCUCGCGCAGGAGGAGGCGGAGCGGCGCGUGCGCGAGGCGGAACGCCGAGCCCGCGAGGAGGCGGCCCGCACCCUGCGCGUCGAGAGUGCUCAGCGCGCCGAGGAGCAGGAUGCCGUACGCGCCGUGGCCUCCACCGUGGAGGCGCCCAUCGCGACCGCCACGGAGAGGCCAGUGGGAGAGCCGCCCUCGAGCGCGUCGACGGCCGCGGCGCCGGGACCCGCGGCGGGGUGGCCGCCCGCGCACCCGGAGAGCCACGGCCCCCCGGCGUGCGCCGCGGCUCCCCGAGAGCGCAGGCUGACCUGCGCCAAGCCCCCCGUCCCCUGCACCGCGAGUGCCCACCCCGCCACUCCCGCGGAGGGCUCAACGCCGAGAGUGGAGAGCGAGACCAGAAAGCGCGACCAUUGGCCGGGCAGCAAAGAGGCCCAGCGGGCCGAGGACCAUGGCGACCUCGGGGCGGCCCCCGUCGCGCCGGCGCCAGCCAGCCCCGAGACGGGCGCUCCUCUGGCAGCCGGCCUUGUCAGCCCCGGCAUCUCGUAUGCCAGUGGGGCAGUCUUGGAGCCCUCGGAGCUUGCAGGGGUGAUGCGGCCAUUCGCUGCAGCCAACGCGGGGUUCGCCCCCAGGAUAGCUCCUAUGAUCGAGGACGGCAGGAUCUUGAGGCUGGCUCAGCAGGUCUACUGGGAGUGCGACCAUGGUCUCGCUGGGGCCCUGUCCUGGCGUGGCGGGGAGAUCCUCGGCUUCGUGGAAAGGCUCUUCGAGAGACUGGGCCUGGUGCCGCCAGAGGCGGAGCAGGCGGCGGCGCUCUUCGAGAGGUUCGACUCUGGCCAGCGUGGUCACCUGGAUGCUGGCGAGUGUGUCGACCUGGCCGACGCUCUCUUCCGCUGCGCAUUCGCGCCUGCAGCGAGCGGGGCGGGCGGGCCUGCAGCGGAACCAGUGCUGGAGCGCCCCAGCUCCUGUGUGACAUCGCCGGUGGAGGAGCCCCCGUCACCAGACCGUGGCCAGCAGGUGGUCGACUUGGUGGGACUGUUGGAGCACUGGGUGGCAGACUACUCCGCGCCAGCAGUCUGCGGGACGGCGAGCCUGAAGUAUGCUGGCAGGGUUCUGGUGGUCUUUGCCGAACUGGCAGUCUCCCUGGUUCCAGUCGCGAUCGCAAAUGCAGCAAAGCGCGUGGAAGCUAUCCGGGCGAUCGAGAGCGGCGAUACCAUGCGCAGUGCGCUGCGAGCCUACACAGCACGGGACGUUGAACGCCGGGGCGUGUUGCCAUGGGGAGACGGUCGUAUUUUGGACUUGGUAGCUGCGGUGUUCCAGGAGCACGGCUUCAUCCCGCCCACCCAGAGCCAGGUGUCCGGGGCAUACGCUCUCUUCGACCCCGAGGGCGUCAUGCACCUGGACGCCCAGGGGUGCCUCUUCCUCGUGGACGCGCUGCUGCGCUCCGCCUUCUGCGUGGCGGUUCAGACGAGGCCACGGAACGGCCUGCCGGAAUGCGCCCCUUCGUCACUCUGCCACUCUCCGGCCAGCGCGGCGGCCGCCCCCGUCGCUGCCGCCGACGCCGCCGGCGGCGCCUCGGCAUCAAUCUUCGGGGGCUGCCAGGGGGACGGAGCAGGCCGCCACGAGGCCGCCGUGGCGGAGGCGGAGGCGGGCCCCGUGCUCGGCUUCCAGCCUGCGGCCACUGCGCCCAGCGGCUGCCACCACGAGCCGCACGCGGUGGCGUGGGCAGCGCCUCGAGCGUAG